AUGGCGCACCGUCUUGUUGAAACUAGUAACCAUCAAGACCUUUUUCACGCAUUUGUGGGCAGACAUAAUGAGUCGAUUUCGAUUUCCAUCGACUGUUUCGUUUUCGUUGAAGAAAAAUGGCCCAAUGAUGGUUUUGGCGCGAACGCCGGCCCAAUCAGUCACUUUCCGGUCAUGCAACGGCAUUUCGUGGAUCUCAUGUGGAUUUUCCUUCCCUCAAAUGCGGCAAUUUUGCUUAUUAACACCGCCAGAGAGCGUGAAAUGGGCCUCAUCGUCAUCACAAUUUGCUUAAAAAAAUCUGGUUCAGCAUCAACCAUGCGAGCGAUUGUUUGGACGUAUUCCAAGCGACGUGGAUGGUCAGUUGGCAAUAUUUUUUGUGUUAACUGCACCUUUCUUAUAAGGAAAUAAAUGCAAAUCAUCCUUCAAAAUACUCCGCAACGUGGUUCCACUGAUGCCAAAAUGCUGAGCGCGGUGAGGAAGUUUCAGAAACACGUAUAACCAAAUCACUCGGUUGGUAAAUAUCAAAGUCAUUCGAUGUUUCAAUACCGACAUAAAAGGUGGCGCACUCGGUAUAUAUAUAUAUAACAAUAAGUAGGAAAAUAAUGGGCAAAAUCCGCAAAAAGGAGGAAAG